AUGGUUUUCCACCCAUCAGAGAAUGUUGACUUGAAUGAGAUGGAGGUCCCCCCUGAGCAGAAGCACUGUGAGCAGGAGUGGAGCCCAGAGCCCAUACAAUUUAAAGAGGAACAGGAGGCACUCCGGACCAGUCAGGAAGCGCAGAUUCAAGGGAUUGAGACUGAUACUAAAGACUCCAUAUUCACUUCUGCCUGUGUGAAAAGUGACUGUGAUGAGCAUCCAACUCAGCUCUCACAUCUCUAUCAAGCCCCAAAGGAAGGAAACAGAGAGAGAGAUACUCUACCCAAUACUACAACUGAACAGAUCAAAACAGAACCUGAUGGAGAGGACUAUAGAGAAUCAGAACCAACCAGUGUCUCUCAGCCUGUCUCUGCUGUAAAUCCAGUCUGUUCUGCAGCUCAAAGUGAAAAGAGUGAAAGUGUCAGUGGUAUGGAGAAUGGAGGACCUCUGUCAAAUUUUAAGCCGGUCAAAUCAAAGAGAAUAAAUAUGGUAAAAGGACAAAGGCCCCGUAUCAAUAUUAAGGGUAAGCAAUCCACACCGUUGUCCCUCCUGAAAUCACCCAGUCAAAGUCAUGCUACUCCUUGUUGUUGUAAGGUUUGUGCCAAGUCUUUUCAUUACAUGGGCUCAUUAAUUAAACAUGUUCAAACCCAUACAAUGGAUAAAGAAGGCAUUUGUGGUGUGCUGCUUUGUGGAAAACGUUUUCAGUCCACAGAAAGUAUGAAAGAUCACCUCCAAACUCACAUUGCAGCUAGGUUUUGUUGUGAUGUUUGUGGUAAAUGGUUCAGCAAGAACAGUCAGCUGACAGUACACAUGAGGAGCCACACAGGGGAUAAACCCUUUUCCUGCCCUGUUUGUGAUACAUGCUUCAUGCAGAAUGGAGAUUUGAAAAGACACACGAGGAGCCACACUGGGGAGAAACGAUAUCUCUGUCCUGAUUGUGGCAAAACAUUCAAUCGGAGUGGACAUCUAAAAAUACACAUGAGGACCCACACAGUGGAGAAAUGA